CCUGUGAUAUAAAUAGGACCUGCUGGAGAGACUACCCUGUUUCUGGAACAUUCCUAUCCAUGUGAAGCAGAAUUCCUCCCUAACGCAAUUCAAGUGUAACUUGGACAAUUGGAUGGGGAACAGGAAAUUCAUCCCUGGCCUGGCACCUACGCCUCUAAAGGACACAGGCAACCUGUAAAUGGUUAAUCUCCCAGGAUCCUGCUUACACUUAUCAAGGAUACCAGAACUUGUCAGAGAUUUGAGAUGCAUGGCUAGGCUUAAAAAGUCCCUUGUGGUCGUUUAUGAACCUAUCAACUUCUGAGAGGACACUUUUGCCAGAUCUGGUCCUAUGCAACCUCUUUCACAUUCACAAAAACUAAAAACACUCACUCAAGACCUGAGCUUUCACCACAGUUUGAAUAGGAUCUGCUGGCAUAAUAGAUAUCAGUUAAAGAGAAUACAGCUUUUAUGGAAUAGACAUCUCCUGGAUGUAAAGCAUAGUAGUCCCUUGACCCUUUUUAAGCAUAACCUGGAUGACUGGAUGGGCAAUUUUAAGUACACUUGCUGUCUGGACCCUCAAGACUUAUGGAAGGGGGACAUAGCUAGUUCCAUAGUAAUUCGUCCUGUUGGGUAAUCUGGUCUGGCUUCUCAAAUUGUUAUGGAAAGGUGAUGUAACUAGUUUGAAAGUAAUUCAUCCUGUUGGGAGAGGGGGGUCUGGUAAACAUUCACUCACCCACCACUACCAAAAGUCUCAUCUGUUCUUUAGAAGUCAAAAGAUCAACAGAGACAGAGCUUCAUACAUUAGUAUUACACAGAUGUCCCACUGACCAUGGUGUAUCAAUCAUACACAAUCAUUUUACCACAGGAUUAAAGAGACUUCGCAACAAGAUUACCUGGGAUUAAAAAUAAAUCAAGUCAGAUUCAAAAGCCUAUAAUGCAACCUGAGAAUACCAUAAGACAUCCUAGUAGUUGGUGACUCCAUUAUGAAUAAAACAGAUAAAAAAAACCUUUGAAAAGUGCAAGUAAAUUAUAUAACGGUGUUAUGUCUGCCUGGGGCCAAAAUUAGAAACACUUCAACUAAGUUAAAAAAAAUUAAGAAUAAUUUUCGAUAUUAUAAUUUUCUAUGUUUGAGUGAAAAUCAAAGACUAUUGUUGUCCACGGGUAUGCAAUAGGUUAUGUUCGGAUUACUGAAUAUCUUACUAAGCAUUUGGGAAAACACAUCUGCUUAGCAAAGUCCUGCCACUUCAUUUGGCACCCGGAUAUCAAAAUAAAAAUUUGACAUUCAGUCACAGUUGUAGGACAUGGUGCCAUUGAAUGGGAGUUUAUUUCCUGUCAGUUUGCAGUGAGGUGUGCAGCCAACCAGAGUGCUUUCUGUCUGAUGGGUUUCAUUGGUCCCUCCCAUGGAAUACAAAGAUGGAGCCAAGAAGGUCGGAGAAGAUAAGAGGGCGAAACCAGCGUCAGGAAUCGACGGAAUCAAACGAAUUUGGCAGGCAAGGAGCAGAGCCAAAGAUAAGGAAUUUCAAUACCUUAAACAGCAGGAACAAUCGAGCCCAGUGGAGGAUGUGAUUUCUGGUAGCUUUUCAGGACAUUCAGAAUGUACAGGAGAUGGUUAUGAUGGAUUGGAUACAACCUGAAGAAGCUUCACUUGCGAUCACUUACCAUUUAAUAUGCUUUCAGAGAUGGGAAAAUCUUAUGCCCUUAUCCAGACUUUAAGUACUGCCUCCGUUUUUGCAAGCAUAGGGCUGGCAGUUUUCUGCUAUGUUGCAGACUGCUUUGCGCAGUUGUCAUUCAUUCUUCAAAAUGACUGGCUUAGAGCUCUUUCAGACAAUGCCAUACAUGGUGUGGUGGGAUCAUGGUCCUGGGCUAUAGUGAUUGGUCUCAGGAAGAAAAGUGACUUCUAUGAAGUCAUCUUAGCUGGGUUUCUAUCAUCGGUCAUUGAUUUGGACCACUUCAUUGCUGCUGGGUCAUUCUCUUUAAAGGCUGCAUUGAAUCUGCCACGAAGGCCACCUCUGCAUUGCUCUACUGUAAUUCCUGUUGUGGUGCUUCUUAUAAAAGUAGCUAUGCGGCUCUUCAAACUAAAAGACUCCCUAUGCUUUCUUCCUUGGAUGGUGUUUAUAUCCUGGACUUCUCAUCAUGUUCGAGAUGGUGUUCGUCAAGGACUUUGGCUUUGCCCAUUUGGAAGCACAGCUGCAUUACCAUACUGGCUUUACAUAACAAUUACAGCAACUUUGCCAUACCUCUCAUCAGUGUUGAUGUAUUUAACAGGCACUCAAGAAAUGAUGUCUUUAAAGCAUGGCAUCCUUAUCGAUGUGUGAAAUAACAGUGAGGGAGCUGUUUUGACACAUUCAUUAUUCUAUCUGUUGUAUGUUUUGGGGAUGGAUAUAAGCUUGUCUUUACAUGUGUAAGAGUGUAAUCAUUUAAUGUGUAUAUAACCAUUCUGCCAAGGUGUUUGAUCAGUACAUAAAAAAACACUUGUUGCAAAACUGUGCAGAGAUUGAAAUGUGCGUAGUAAGAGCUGUUUACAUUUAUUGCUACUGUGGUCUGGUGUGCACAUCUAUACACAUGGCACAGCUUUGGGGGCAUUGUUUCAGUUUUAUAAUACCUUUACAGCAGUAAGUGAACUAAACACAGGGUGGUGUUCUCUUAUCUUUACAUGAUACUGCAUUAUGGUAGUUUGGAAAGAGGAAGCCUGUUUGCAUGCAGUAAUGUAAUUAAACAAUGGUCAUUUUUACUUGUUAACUUUCCAUGCAUGCUACUUCUUAAAUAAAGUAAUUACCCAACCAGGAAGCAUGGUUGCAGCUGAAUUUUCGAAGAAUAUAUGAAGGUGAUCAUAGUACAAUUUUAUCUUUAUUAUUCCAGUCAUGGAAUGCUUUCCUUAGUUUGAGUUCUGACCAGUACAAGUUCAAGCAGUGCGACCUUGAAUACUGUUUAUUAAAUGAUGCCCCCCAGAUCUAAACUUAUUUGGGGAAGACAACACUAGUCUUAAAAUUCUGUGCAAUGAUAUUUUGAUUUUUAGAAAUUUUUAUAUAAUAGGAUCAGGGUAAGUGUAGAAGGAUAAAUGGGUGAAUGUUGUUCUUUCAUCUGUGCAUGCACACGUGUCUUUAUGGUGGUUGUGGGUCAUUUUUGUAAAGUGAACAAGAGACAGCUAACUGUUUAAUUUUACUUGACUUAUGUAUAGGAAAUGUUAUGUAUGUAUUGGCAGGCCAAAAGUUGUUUUUGGAUAUAUAUAUAUAUAUAUAUAUAUAUAUAUAUAUAUAUAUAUAGCAGAUGCUUGGGAGUAUUUUCUAUGACAUGAGGGAGACAUUGUAUGAAAAACAAUGGGAACAAGUAAUCUAAAGGUUUUGGAGUAGAUGGUUGAGGUUAAAGACUCGUACUUGAAUUUUAUUAGUGUUGCUUUAAUGGUUUGUUUGUAAAGAAGUGAAUUACCUUCAUUCACUUUGCCAGAUUUUAAUACAUUCCUGUUGUCUUUGGUCAGUACUUUGAGACCUAUGUGAUGUGGGUGUGAUUGGUGGAAAGAGAGGGAGGGAAUCAAAGCUAUCAAAAAACUAGAGAGUGUGUGCUACAUAUUGUUUAGAGGUGAAACAGAAUAGUUAUCAACAUAUAACAUGGAUUAAGGUAGAAGGAAAAGUAUCUUAAUUGCAAAUGAUUAAAUGUAAGAUCAUUUUUUAGUGUGCUUUGCACACAGACAUGCACUGUAUUGCACUUGGCUUUAUUCAUGUGUACAGCUGAAUUGCACAUGUUGAAAUUCUGUUCUGUCUAGCUGUGUUGCACUCAAUCUAAAAUACUACUAAACAAAUAAAAUAUUGUUAAUUAAAACAAUAUUUAAAAUA